AAACAAUAAUUCCUUCCAUCUUCAACACAUAUAUUUCAAAUUCAAUUGCAGAAAAGUAAGAAUUACAGGAAAUGGGGAAGGUGGAGGAGGAGGAGGUGGUGGCUGCGGACGGUGGCGCGAUGAGGACGGCGGAGACGCUGCUGCGGAUUCUGCCGGUGGGGCUGUGCGUGGCGGCGCUUGUAAUAAUGCUCAAGGACUCUCAGACCACCGACUAUGGCACUCUCUCCUACUCCGACCUCGGAGCUUUCAGAUAUUUGGUGCACGCGAGCGGGGUGUGCGCCGGCUACUCCCUGCUGUCGGCGGCGGUGGCGGCGGUGCCCCGGCCGGCCACCAUGUCACGUGCUUGGGCCUUCUUUCUGCUUGAUCAGCUGCUGACCUACAUUAUACUGGCGGCCGGAGCGAUCUCGACGGAGGUGGUGUACCUGGCCUACAAGGGCGACGCUUCCAUCACCUGGAGCCAAACGUGCGGUGCAUUCGGCGGCUUCUGCCGCAAGGCCACCGCCUCCGUUGCCAUCACAUUCAUCGUCACCCUCUGCUACGCCGCCCUUUCCCUCAUCUCCUCUUACCGACUCUUCAGCAAGUACGAUGCCCCCGCCGCCGCCGCCUACUCCGACACCGCUGCCGCGGCUGUCUUCCAGACCUGAUUGAUAUGUAUGCACAACUGAAGCCGCCGGCCGGACAGCGACCAAAAAAUAUAAAAAUAAAAACUACUGAUGAUAUAUAUAUAUGUGUGUGUGUAGGACUUGUAAUGUCGUUGAGACAUAUAUAUGCAUUCAUUUGUGCGUGUAUGUUUCGACCUACUUUGUUUCUGAUCGACUUAGGGUUUUGGUAAUAAUAUGUUGAGAAAUAAA